AUGGGAAGUGACCCUGUCAAGGUUAAAGAGAUGCUACGGGAUGACUUCCGCCAAAACCCUACAGAUGUUGUGGUAGCAGCUGGAGAGCCUGCCAUAUUGGAGUGCCAGCCACCUCGCGGACACCCUGAGCCUACUAUCUUCUGGAAGAAAGAUAAAGUCCGUAUUGAUGACAAGGAAGAGCGAAUCAGUAUACGUGGUGGGAAGCUGAUGAUCUCCAAUACAAGAAAAAGUGAUGCCGGCAUGUACACUUGUGUUGGAACCAACAUGGUGGGGGAGCGAGACAGCGACCCAGCAGAGCUGACUGUCUUUGAACGGCCCACGUUUCUCAGGCGACCGAUUAACCAAGUGGUGCUGGAGGAGGAGGCCGUGGAUUUCAGGUGCCAGGUGCAGGGGGAUCCCACGCCCACAGUCCGGUGGAAGAAAGAUGAUGCAGACUUGCCGAGAGGAAGGUGA